CUGUGGCCGAAUCGCACGGACGCAAACCCUAGCCAACAAAAAAAAAUCCCCAAUCCCCAAUCGGAGCGAGAGAGAUGGCCGGCGCCGCCGCGGAAGGGGAGGCCGUCGUCGGAAGGGGAGCGCGCCAGUCAGCCAAGGUCAAGGCCAAGGCCAAGGUCGCGGCCGCGGAAGGGGAGGCGAUGGGGCCUCGCCUCAGCCUUAGCCUUUCUCCGGAUGCUCUUGAUCUGAUUGCCAAGAGGGAGGCCUUGCUCUCGGAGUUGGCCUCGCUCUCGUCGGAGCCUUCGCCCUCGCCGCCGCUCCCUGCAGCUUCGUCGUCGCCCCUCUGGUCCCUCAUCUUGUCCCGUUGCCUACCAUCAUCCCUACAGCCUGAGCCUGCUCCAGAGCCUGAGCAAUUCGACAGGUUGGAACACAACUGGAACAGUUCUAUGAUGAUGUUGCCGAGCCCCUCCGAGGUAGCAGCAGCUCAAGAUCAUCAACUUGUCAUGGAGGAAUGCCUUCGCCACUAUAACCUAAAUCAUCCGGAAAAUGAGUACGUACCUGCCCCUGGCAAGGUGACCAGGUACAGCAGUCCUCACAAUGGCUCUUGCUGGACUCAUGGCAACUUCGUCGCUAGCCCCAAGCACUCCAGCUACUUCUCCUUACUGCCCCCUAGACCAACUCUCUUCUUUUAUGAGCUUGUUACCAAAGAUGGUUUUCAAGGAGUUGUUUCGUGCACCCCGCUAGAUGAGCCAGUUACUGAAGCCUACAGUUUGUUUGGCCUUCAUCUUGGGUGGGGAACUCGUCGUGAUGGCAGUUCGGAUUGCCUUUGCAAUACAUGCAACCGUCUUGUUGAUAGCGAGGUUCCUUGUGUGGGGAAAGCAUUUCCGUGUGGACAUUACAAGGCAGAGUGUGUUUGUCAAAUGUGCUAUCUUCAGUCUGAAGUGCUGCAUCCAUCGCCAGAAAAAUUUGCGUUUGGAAAAUGAUGACCAGAGCUGGCUGAGCACCCAAUCUAUAUAUCAUUUGUGGAUACGAAAGACUUGUAAUAUGAUGACAUGCCUUAGGUUGUUGGUUGUGCUGCUGCAUAUUAAUUAUGUCUUCCCGGGUGGAAUGCCCUAUGUUAUGCUAUGCUAUGUAGUAGUAUUAUGAAACAGAUGAUGGCUGUGGCGUAAGUACAAUAAAAUCAUGUACGUAUUUAUGAGAUGGUUGAUAGCAACGCUGUGGAUCUUCUUCUUAAUUGGCAACUCAACUUCAUCA